AUGGCGAGGCGCCGCCGCACCGCGCCGCUUUUGCAAGCGGGCAAGUGUGAUGCCGCCAACAUCAACCCUGCCAUCGGGUCUGGUAAGAAAACGCUGCUGAAACCCGACAAUCGCCGCAAUGAUACGCCGGUCCGCAAUGUGAUCGAUAGGGCCGGGGUCCAUCCCCCUUGCCCCUUCAACAGGGGAUUGAGACAAGCCGACAUCGUCAUGCCGAUUGAGGCCGUACCUUCCCACGCUUCCCGUGAUCAUGGUCGCACCUGCUUGUUAUCGCGACACUAUAUUGCACGGAAUUUCAGCUUUAUUUGCAACGUUAUAAAAUUUAUCAGCCGAGAUGCGCAUUUUGUUAGACGGGCGUUUUGUGCCCUUUUCGGCCUUACCGAUGCUUCGCCGCUACAGGAUCACGGACUACGCCCACCUCAGCGAAGGGGCGGGGUUCUGCGGGGAUGCGUCGCCGGCUCGGCGAGUUCGCUGCCAGUAACCGACGUCGAUCCAGCAGCCAUGCUUGUGGCCCACCUCGCGAAAGACGCCGGCGCGGCGGAAGCCGACCGCUUCAAGCAGUCGGCCGACGCCGGCGCGCUGCGACACGUCGGCGACGUAGAUCGUCGUUUCAGCCACCCAGCGAUAGGGCCUCGCGCUCGCGGAAAAAGCGGGCGGCAUAGGCAUAGCCGAUCACCGCCUCCUCGCCGCCUUCCUCGCUGCGCAGCGUGGCGACGAUCCGGGGUGAACCCAUCCGCCCCGCCAUGCGCGCGCGCGCAUCGUGUCCGCAUCGGGCGCACGGGUCUCGAACGAGACGACGCCGGCCAGCACAUGCGGGGCAUAGAUCAGGGCGAUGGCGGCAUCGUCAGGGUGGGCGGCGCGGAUCGCGAUCAUGUGGGUCUCCGGAAGCGCCUGAGCGAAGUCGAAGGCCGCGUCCCGCCCGUCGACAAGGGAUUGCCGGGCACGCCCCAGCCGCGCGAUCAGCAGGUUGAGCAGGCGUUGAUCGCUCGCCGUCGCCAUCGGACCCAGCGCGCCACUCCGGGCAGCGGGGCUGGACCGAACCGCUGCGCACCAGCCGCUGGACAUCGCCCAGCGCGCAGGCCGCGACCGCCCGCCGCUCGGCAGCGGCGAUGGCGAAGACGUCGCUGCCAUCACAGGUCGAUCGUCGUCAUCCUCGAACCCCGAUUAGCUCGGCGGCGAAGCCUGGCUUCUUCUCCAGAUAUUCGGCUGGAUAUUGGCGGGGUCCAGCUUGGCGCGGCGCGCGGCGGCGACCGCGUCGGACAGAUUGCCGAAGCGGUCGAUCAGCCCGAUCUGGGCGCGGUGCCGCCGUCCCACGCGGCCCUGCGCGAUGGUAUCGACUUUUCCGGGCGUCAUGUGGCGCGACUGGGCGACGCGGGUCAGGAAAUUGGCGAUAGCCAUUCUCGAUCCCCGCCUGCAGGAUCGUAA